AUGGAGAUUCAAGCCCAUCUCAUGCACCACAAUCCGUAUGAUAUAGUGAAAACCGAGGAGCCAGUAACGCCUCCAAAGUCAAAGGCAACAUUGUGCUCCUCAACGGACAUGCUCUUCAGCGUGUCGAAUUUCAACAUUCAGUCCAAUUUUUGCGCACAGGUGAACAACAACCACGAUCCGCUUAAUAAUAAUCAUGUGAAGAUCAACUCUAGCGGACGAACUUUGGCGGCGGACCGUAAACGACCUUAUCCGUGUAACUUGUGCACGUCACGAUUCGGCAGUAAAAUGGAGCUCGAAGAACACCAAAACAGCCACACUGGAAUGAAGCCAUUUGAAUGUGAUGUAAGUCCGGUUGAAUUGCUCCGGCCUCCAUAUCCAUCUCCGCAAGUUGACGAGGUCUGCAAAGCGAGAUUCAAUCGUCGUUCGACAUUAUGGAACCACAAGCGAAUUCACUCAGACGCGAAACCAUUCGUGUGCACAGUGUGCCAGAUGACGUUCAAGUGGAAGAACAGUCUGAAGUGUCAUAAGGAGAUGCAUAUGAGAAAGAAUGAAUCCACUCCACAUAUCGAUAACGAUCUGCGCCAGCUAACCUACGCGACGGCUGCUAAGCGGAAGCUGAUGAUGGAGCAGGAGGAGCAAGGCAUUCCAGCCACUUCGUCAGCGUCGUCUCUUCAUAGUCAACCGCUGAUAACCACAACGGCACCAAAGAAGAAAUCUCAUAAGGUAUGGAUUGGGCUAGCAUAA